AUGUUUUCUGCCCUAAAGAAAUUAACCAGAAGUAAUGAUGAUCGCUGCCCAGCUCCAAUGCCGAUGUCCUCUUCUCUACAGAAGAAAUUUUCGAGAGGAGUGCAUUUUAACAUGAAAAUAUUAAUCAAAGGCGAUAGAAAUGUUGGAAAAUCGUGUCUUCUACAAAGAUUACAAGGAGGGCCAUUCACAGAAGAAUAUGUACCCACAGAGCAGAUACAAGUUGCUCCCAUUCACUGGACUUAUAAAAAUACAGAUUAUAUCGUAAAAGUAGAAGUAUGGGAAGUUGUUGAUAGAGGUCGUGCAAAAAAGAAGCCGCCACUAGGCCUGAAGCUAGAGAAUCAAACAACACCUGUGGCGCAAGAUGAAGAUUAUGGGGCACCAGUAUUAGAUGCUACAUUUCUGGAUGUCUAUAAGAAUGCUAGUGGUGUAAUAUUGAUGCUUGAUAUAACAAAACCUUGGACAUUUGAAUACGUCGUGAACGAGUUGUCCCGUGUGCCGGCCGACUUGCCUGUAGUGGUGCUUGGGAAUCAUUGCGACAUGCAACAUCACCGUCAAGUACAUCCGCAUCAUAUAGAACAAGCUCUACAUAAUGCAAAACUUACGAGGACAGCGCCUGUACGGUACGCUGAGUCAUCCAUGAGGAAUGGAUUUGGAUUAAGAUUGUUACACAAGUUCCUCAGUGUCCCAUUCCUAAGAUUACAGAGAACAAGUUUAUUAGAACAAUUGCAGAGAAAUCAAAGAGAUAUGGAGGACAUUGAAAAGGAGCUGGACGAUUUUCAAAAUUCCGACGAAGCGCACUAUAAUAUAUUCUUGGAUCGCCUUGCUAAUAAGCGACGUCAGAGCGGUGAGCGUGUCGAAACCCGUAUCAAUAACGAUAGGUCCCCGAGCAUUGUUUUAGGGGCAGGGAAACCAAUAGUACCCCCGAAUGUAAACCCCUUAGUGGCACAGUCACUUAAUCCGAAAGGAAUAAAGGCACUUCAUAGUGCACAAGAAAACACACAAAAACAGAACCAGUAUGUGAGCCCUGAGCUAAUGACACAGAAACAGUUUGUUAGUCUAGAUAUGACGCCUGCAAGACAAUCACAAAAAGACAGUGUACCAGGUACACCAUCUGGGACAAAUAUAUCGGCAUCUUCUGGAGCAUUAGAAGAAUUUUAUGCUGGGACACUAGAUAGCAGUUUUUUGGAAGACCUUACACCUAUAACACACUCUAAUCAGGAACUUACUUAUGAAACUGACAGUGAUGACGAUGUCACAACAAACCCAAAGGUCACAGUGGAUGAAGAUGACUUAGAAAUUGACAACACUCCCGCCACUCAUACAAAUUUUGAAAUAAGUGUGAACAACGAAUAUUCUACAAAUAUGGACAAGGAUGAAGAAAGUUUGGAAAAUAUGUUUAUGAAUCAGACAGUUAUAAGCGAAGAUAAAUUGGAUGAAACUAAUAAUACAAAAAUGUUAGGUAGUCGACAACAUAAUUUGCAUUUGUCCUUGAACAAUGAAUUUCCUAUUUGGUCCGAAGACUCAAGUAUAAGAAGAUCACCAGAAGGUGGGGAAGAUCCGGAAAUUCCCAAAGAUCCUGAUCCAAAGAUCGAAAAAAAGCACAAAAAGAAAAAAUCUAAAGAUAAGGACAAAGCGGACAGCAGCGAUAAGUCUGAACGAAAGGAAAAGAAACAUAAACAUAAGAAAAGCAAGAGUGAAAAACGAAGUUCUAAUCCACAGCAAGAUUUAUUGUCACCUACUGUUACUGCGGACUUUGACUACGAAGAUUAUGAUAGUAUUUAA